AUGGGGUAUCUUGAUUCAGUGAUAUCAUCCGCCAACCCAAAUCUUCCCGGUUGUGGUGUUUCUCCGGUCACCGGAGGUGGUCUCAGCCAAGAUUCAAAGUUUAGCUAUGGCUACGCAAGCUCCCCCGGAAAGAGAUCUUCAAUGGAGGAUUUUUACGAGACAAGAAUUGAAGGUGUGAAUGGAAAGAAAGUCGGUCUCUUCGGAGUCUUUGAUGGCCAUGGCGGAGCUCGAGCUGCAGAAUUUGUGAAACACAAUCUUUUCACCAAUCUUCUCAAACAUCCAAAGUUCAUCUCCGACACCAAAUCAGCCAUAGCCGAAGCAUACAGUGACACCGACAAAGAAUUUUUAAAAUCAGAAAACAAUCAGAUGAGAGAUGCAGGAUCAACCGCUUCCACUGCCAUUAUCGUUGGUACCCGUUUACUUGUAGCAAACGUGGGGGAUUCCAGAGCUGUUAUUUGCAGGGGUGGUAACGCGUAUGCUGUUUCCAGAGAUCAUAAACCGGAUCAAAGUGAUGAACGAAGAAGGAUUGAAGAUGCUGGGGGUUUUGUUAUGUGGGCAGGGACUUGGAGAGUUGGUGGUGUUCUUGCGGUUUCACGUGCUUUUGGUGAUAGGUUAUUGAAACAGUUUGUGGUUGCUGAUCCGGAAAUCGAAGAAGAAAAGAUUGAUGAGUCGCUUGAGUUUCUUAUACUCGCUAGUGAUGGACUUUGGGAUGUCGUCACUAAUGAUGAAGCGGUUGCGAUGAUUAAACCGAUUCAGAGCCCCGAAGACGCGGCAAAGAUGCUGAUGCAGGAAGCUUCAAAGAGAGGUAGUGCAGAUAAUAUUACAGUAGUCGUUGUCCGUUUCUUGGAUAGUCGUGAUGCAUAA